UCCGAUAAAAGGCGCGAAACUUUUAUGUCAAAACGACCAAAACAAAGUUCUGUGUGUUAUGUGGUGUGUAAAAACAAACAAACUUUUUUGUCGUAAUGGAAUUGUCUCGAUAUAAAGGUCGUGUUCAAAAUGCAUUGAAACUAAGUGGCUAUGUUGUCCGAUCAGAAAUAUCACAGUUCUUAGCUCAACAAUUGUUGACUCUGAAGGAGUCGGAACGGGAGAAAUGGUUGGCUACAAUACUAAAUCACAUUCAGAAUCAAUCACUGACAUCGUCGGUGAUUGAGAAGUCGAACGUUGAAUUGGCGAUACGAGAAUGCUCGAAUUCUGGUCUAGACGAAUCGGAAACGGUAUUCAGUGUCAUCAACGCGUUCGAUGUGCCUAGUUAUAGAUAUGACACCGAUCGGAAGCACUUCAUUCUGGACACCAAACACAAAAGCAUACUGCCCGACGCAACAAUCAAAUCGAUCUAUUUAACGGAUCGCUACAACAUGUUGUGGCAACGGACCUCCAGGCACGAACUCUUCUCGGCGGUGGUGCAAGGUACCAAAUCACAAGCCAAAAAGUUUCAGCUGAGAAGAGUCGAAAAUCUCUUGGCUGCGUCCAAAAUGAGGGAUGUCGUCGUUUUGGGCUUGCUGACACAGAUCCGUGAACGAAAGCUAUUCAUCGAAGAUCCUACUGGAAUUGUCGAGCUUGAUCUGUCCAAUGCACAGUAUCACAGCGGUUUGUUCUGCGAAGGUUCCUUUGUUCUGGUUGAAGGAACGUACAACGACGAAAUUUUGAAGGUGUCCGGUUUGGGUUUUCCACCGCCAGAGAUGGCUGAGUCGAGUCGUAGCUAUUUCGGUACAGCGAAUACUUGGGGAGGAAGGUCGAAAAGUUUGUUGAAAAGUUCUCCACGGCUGCUACAGAUUGAACGGUCCAACACUGAUGCGACUUUAGUAUUCGUUUCGGACUGUUGGCUUGACAAUGGAGAGGUUAUGGAGAAACUGAACAUGCUGUUUAGCGGAUACAAUAGCUGCCCACCAAGCGCUAUCGUGCUAAUGGGAUCAUUCAUCAAAUCGUCAGAGAACCCGUUCACCUUGAAAGCCAAAUUAGCUGAACUAGCCGAUGUAAUCGAGCCGUAUAUGGGCAUCAAACAGGACACCGACAUCGUGUUCGUACCGUCACUGGACGAUCCAGCGACAGCGAAUAUUUUACCACGACCUCCGUUGCCGAACUGUUUGUGGAAAGACUUUCAGAAAAAGGUUCCGCGAGCAAUUUUCGCGACGAAUCCAUGCCGGUUACAGUAUUGCACACAGCAGAUUGUCGUGUGUCGAGCCGAUUUGGUAACGAAAUUCUGUCGGAACACCAUACACUUUCCCAAAUCCGGACAACUGGAAGAUCAUUUUGCCCGGACGCUCAUUUGUCAAGGUAAUCUGACGCCACUUUGCCAGAUUACGCUUCCCACAUACUGGCAAUUCGAUGCAGCGCUCAGUCUCUAUCCACUUCCCGAUUUGGUUGUCAUCGGAGAUCCUAGUCAAGGUUUUCAUACCACCCAGCAAGGAUGUGCCGUUAUUAAUACGGGAUCGUUUCCAAAAUCAAAGUUCGCUUUCAAAGUUUACGUGCCGUCGAGCAGAGUUGUGGAAGACUCUCAAAUUCCAGACGAGAUGGACGAAUAGAUUUUCGACUUUUUUACUCGUUGAAACGUCUUCGAUCGAGAUCAAUAAACUUGUUUGAGAC